CUUUGACAACCCGGAACCUUUGCCUUACUAAACUUAAAUCAAAUUUAAAGAUUAAAUAAUCAUUGCAAAUUAUUACAAUUUAUAAUGUACAUAUAAAGUAUACUAGAGCGAACGCAAAUUUAUAUAAGUACAGUGAUUACAGAACUACACACAGAUCCUUAAAUAAUAAUUUUAGAGCCGCAUAAAUGAACGCAUGGAUCCGCUGACCAUCGCUGACAUAUGCUAAAUUUAAUAAAAAACUGAUAAUCACGUUAUUCUUGACUUUCGCUGUGACAUACAAAUUACAGCCAGAUUACAGCUAUUUUGGCUAUAUUUUCUAUCCAUGCGCAUGCGACUUACGGUGCAUGUGCAUGAUAAACUUAUUCCACAUAGCGCAUGGCGCACCGCGCACAUGUAUAUACAACGCCGAUUGAUGUGAUCGACGUGAUCGAUGUUACAGCCAUAACCUAAAAACUGACUACCGUUUCGUGCUGUGUGGUGAAAAGAUUAAAAAUGUUUAUCAUUGUAGAAACGAUUGAAGAUGGCGAAGUUAAUUUAUGUGUUGUGCCCGAGAGUUGGGAGGAAAAUGGAAUAUUAUUUUGGCCACCAGGACGAAAAGGACUGAACCUUCGAAAAGAUGAAAGCAUUUUACCAGAUUUUAAUAAUUGGUCAAAACAAAAAUGCACCGUGAAGAGGAAGAAUUUUAUUACAUUUCAAGCUGCUAUCAAAGCAGAAAAAUAUUUAAGUCGGUUUGAUGAUACCGAAGACGAAGAAAAUUAUUUGGCGCAGAAUUCUUCGAAACAAAUACAGCGUUCCCAGAAUAAGGAUAAUAUCGAUUUUAAUAAUUUAAUAACAGAAAAUAAUAUUAUAAAUAAUAACAUAGGCGUGAUUGAAAAUAUAGAAAAUUAUUCAGUCGAUAGUGUCCCAACCUUCGUUCAAAUUCCAAAAAGUUCACAGGAAUUGGAAACUACGAUGGGAUUUACAGAUGCAAUUGUGAUUGAGAAUGAUGGAAUUUCUACAUUGCCCUUGAGUAAUUCUCAGAAACCGUUAGACGCUGUGCAAAUACAAGAAAAAUUUGACACGAUAAAUUCAAACCUGGAAAAUUUGAAAAAUUAUAUUAGUCGAGAUAUAUCUGCGCUACAUGUCAAAUUUGACAAAUUAAUCGAUCUUCUGAUUAAAAAUCAAACCAACAGCGUCAUUGAGAAAUCUGAAAAUGACCCAUUGAAAAGCGAAAUCCUUGAAAGGGAUAUAGAACAAAUGAAAUCACUAGCAAUAGAAUCGGAUAUUAAUAAUUUAGAAAAAAACCUGUGUAAUCAAGAAUUCGAAUUGGCAUUUAUAAAAGUGAUGAGUGAAAUCGGAGGCACGACUGGUAAGAAAGAUGGAAACAAAAUAGCGUACUUAUUGAUGGAUCGAUUAUUUGAAAGACAAUUGUUAACCCUGUGUUCAUGGACUGGUUCUACAAAAAAGAAAGAAGAAAAAAUGAAGAAAAUUGCUUUCUUUAAAUACAAUCGAAUAACUGAAGCAAUUUAUAAAAUUAUACACUUAGCCGACUCACGUUAUACGAUUGACGAUAACAUUGGUUUUUUGAAACGGAUUCUUAAAAACAGUGUUAGCCGAAGUAAGCAGCUUCAAAAACAACGGAGUAAACAAAAUGAAAAUUCUGAAGAAGCUAAUGAUAGGCUUCAAUGCGAUGACAAUCACUAUGAAAAUAUAGAGGAAGAAACAACUGAAAAUACUGGUGGAAUUAUUGUUGUUACUGAAGUGAAUAAUGAUAAUGAUAAUGAAGAAUUCUGAUUUGUUAUAAGAUGAAUGUUUAUUUAUAUAAUAUAUACACUGUGCAAUUUUAGUUAAAGCUAUGUUUUAUUACUAAAUUAUAAAAAUGUUUUACUUUUUACAUUUUAUUUAAAGCGUUUUUUAUUUAAAGUGAUUAGAAAAAGUUUACUUAAUGUUUAUUUACGUUUAUUACGAUAAUUCUGAAGUAUUGUUGUAUAAUAAUGAUAAUUUAAAAUAAGAGAUUAUUCAAUUUUGUUCAGCGUUUAAUUACAUCACAUAUUUGAUUUGCUGCAUAAAUCUAAAGUGUGUAUCAGCGGGAAAAAUA